CAUAAUUGGGCCAAGGGAUGGCUACCUGGCCGGAGCUGGGAAACGCCUAUUAAACGCCUCGCUGCUUCCGAACGAGAUUUGAAUUGGGCCAGGCCAAUCUCUUCGUCCUGCCAGACAGGGAUGGCCAUAUCCUGCUGCCUGGGAUGCAAAUGGCUGCGAUGGGAGGUCCUUGGAUAAAUAGCUCGUGGCUGCGCAGCGAACUCAGCAGUAGCACUUCGACCAGCCCGACGAAAGGAUCGAUCGUCCGAGGAUGAGUGACUUCAGCAUCGAGUAUAUACUGAACCGCGCCGGCGACAAAUAUGUGGGCACCAAUGCCUCUUUGGGUGUCCUGCAGCGAUUCCAUCCGUACGCCCAACCAUUGUAUUCCUCCAAGGAGCAGCAGAGGAGAUCCCCUCCAGCAGUCGCCGAGUGUCAGGUUCCCGUUUACGACUGGCUGCAGUACACCCGCUACCAUCCGCCCAAGCUGCCCAGGGCCCUGCGGCAAAGUGCCCCCGCCAAAAGGACUCCCGGCCGCCUGCCCCGCAUCCCAUUCACUCCCCACCAGCUGCAGGCUCUGGAGGGGGCCUACAAGGAGUCCAACUACCUGAGCGCCGAGGACGCCAACAAGCUGGCCGAAUCCCUGGAGCUGACCAACACGCGGGUCAAGAUCUGGUUCCAGAACCGGAGGGCCCGCGAACGACGGGAGAAACGCGACAAGGACGAGAGCUGCGACUCCACCUUCUCCUCGAAUGCCUCCAGUCCGGAACCGGAAAUGAUUGUUGUAGCUUAAGUUGGGGGGGAAUCCAUACCUAUGGCUGUUACUGUGUAACCUUGCAUUCAAAUUAAGUGGCUUUCUGUAAAUACAU